AUGUUCCUUCAACGCACAGCUUUCGCCCUCGCCAGGCGCGCUCCUGUCAGAGCCAUCGCUGCUCGUCCCUUUUCCUCCUCCGUCGUCCGCUGCAACAAGUCGAAAUAUGAGGUGAAGUCGGAGGGCAAGAUUCUUCCCUUUGAGGAGAUCAAGACUGAGGAUGAUCUCCUUCCCCCCGGUGCUAAGCCCGGUAGCGUCCCCACCGAUGUCGACCAGGCCACCGGUCUCGAGCGUCUCGAGCUCGUCGGUAAGAUGCAGGGCAUUGACAUCUUCGACAUGAGACCCCUGGAUGCUUCCAGAAAGGGAACCCUUGAGGACCCCAUCAUUGUCAAGAGCGCUGGUGAUGAGCAGUACGCCGGUUGCACUGGCUUCCCCGCAGACUCCCACCAGGUCAACUGGCUGACGGUCUCUCGUGAGCGUCCUCUCGAGCGCUGCGGCGAGUGCGGCAACGUUGUCAAGCUGGAGUACGUUGGUCCUGAUGAGGAUCCCCACGCUCAUGACCACGGCCACCACCCCGCCCACGAGGAGCCCAAGACCUUCGCCGACUACGUCAAGCCUGAGUACUGGUACCGGUAA